GGAAAUUGAUGGGGUGCUUCGCCCUGCGUCUCUUCGCCAGAAACCUCAAUCACUCUACCACAGCUUAAAACAGCCCCGGCUAUAGGCUUCCUGAUUCAUACAAACUGCUCCCGUUUUCGACCAGGCAAUCGCAAUGUCAUCUCUCGCUGGCGCGCUCGGACCUCACAGCAUCCAUUCACCCAUAAAAUCAGAACUUGGCCAUGUGAAGCAUAGAAUUAAAGCUGAAACAAAGUCAGAGGAGGAAGAAGAGAUGGAUGAUUUAUUUGGUAACGACGCGGCGAUGGAGGCAGAGGCACCAGCCGAUGUCGGAUCACCUGAAGCCUCAGGGCAUGAAUCUGAGCGACUCCCUUCGCCGGAGAGAGAGCAUCGCAGGGCACUCGAAUACGAGGAAGAAGAAGCACCACCCGAGGGGGUUGUUGAAUUGCAAGAAGCUGAUGUCUCGUUUCCCAACCUUCCCGUACCCAAAAGCUCAGAUGGCGACAAAUGGGUCAUUCGAAUGCCUAAUUUUGUUAAAAUCGACACGAAACCAUUUCAUCCAGAGACAUACAUGGGUCCAGAACACGACGAAGAAGAGGGUCAGCAGGCACAAACCCUCCGAGAACAGAGUAUGACCAUCAAACUGAAGGUGGAAAACACGGUACGAUGGAGGUGGACUAAGAACGAGUUCGGUGAUGAUGUUAGACAGUCAAACAGUCGCGUCAUACGCUGGUCAGAUGGCACCUUAAGCCUUCGACUUGGAAAGGAAUAUUUUGAUAUCAAUCAGAGUAUUGACAUGUCGGGAGGCGUCCCUAGACAGAGCUUUGGUGGUUCUCAGUCGCAAACACAAUCUGCGGCGCCCCUCACUAUUGGCGGGAAAUCUCAAGGUUUAACCUACCUGGUGGCACAGCAUAAGCGUUCGCAGGUCUUACAAGCUGAGGCUCUCAUCGCUGGAUAUAUGACACUUCGACCGACUGGAAUGCAAUCCGAAACACAUCGCAUGCUAGUGAAGGCAGUCAGCCAGAAGCACAACAAGGUCGCUCGACUGCGGUUAGCUCCUGAUCCUGUUAUGGAUCCUGAACGCGAGAUGCAAGAAAUGAUUAAAAAGUCGUCGAAGAAGGCCCCGAAGAGGAAACAUGAUGAUGAGGAGGAGCCGAGUGGGCGGUCAAGGCGACGAUCUAGGAAACAAUACGACAGUGAUGACGAUAUAUACGGCAACGCAGGAUCUGAUGACGAUGUCCACGGUAAGAAAAGUAAACGAAAGGGCGGAGACGAGGAAGGCGGAAGUGGCUAUCGAAACGAUGACUUUGUCGUUUCGGAUGAUGAGGAUGAUGAUGGGCACCAUGGAAAAGCUGAUGAAGAAGAUGAUUUGGACAAACUGGAUGCCAUGGCCGAGAAGCAGCGGAAGAAGCUGGGUAUUGACGACGCAAUGGACGUGGAAAGCGAGGAAGAGGAUGAGGCGAGGGUUCGUAAGACCAGCCGCAGCCGGAGACAAGCAACGUACGACGAUGACGAUGAUGAAGAGGAAUAAAUUAAUAUGAUUGGACCGACUGCACAAUGUAUAGAAUAUACAAAUAUCUCCUGAUAUCUCUUACACGCUCUCCGGUUCUGCAAACUCCUGCGACCUCCUACCUCCGUACUGCACCAAGGGUGUCCUUCAAAACGCCAUUUUCGUCCCAUUGCCCUGUCG